UGAAAUUGUCGAAUAUUUGAUUAUUUUUUACAGUAAAUUAAAUUAAACUUGUAUUUAUUUGAAUUUGUACUGGUAAAUGUUAUUAAUUUACGUUGAUUUUUAGCUUGAGGUGGAUGAGAUUCAAUAAAAUUUAAAAAAAAACUUGAUAAGUUUAUUUUCGAAUAUUGAAACGUAAAUAAGUGUACAACAAAAGUAAAAAAAUGGCUUGCAUUGACGAUUUAUUUGAUUGGAUUCUUGAAAUAAUAUUCCAACAACUACCACUACGAUCCCGUUUGACUUGCAAAGAAGUCUGUAAGAGAUGGUGUGAACUCCUAAUGACGCGAGCUAUUUUUCGUGCGGAUCGUCAUAUUUACCUGAACAAAUGUUUAAUUGAGCCUCAUCGACCACCAAUGUCCGUAUUUUUAAACGCCAAGUAUCGUUAUCAAAUUGUCACUCUGGAUAAUGGAAAUAUUUACUUACCAUUUGUGAAUGACUUCGAUAGCACCAUUGAAUUUUGGAAAUACUUGGGAGAAAGUGUCACCGAAAUGCACAUUUACAACAACAUUCGACCCGCAUUAUAUCGAAUGUUUUUCGAAAUGCCCAAUCUCAAGCUAGUUUCUUUCGAUGGCCAUUUAACAACUUUGACAGAAGAUUUGUUGAUGGAAGAAGACGAGGGUGACGGACCUAUGUUCCCAAGUCUCGAACGAAUCAUUUGUAAGAAAGCACUCUACGGUGAUGCAAUGUCAAAUGAUAGAAAAAAGAUUGAAAGUUUGAGAAGUCUGCUUCCAGAAAAUGCAAAAAUUGUAAUAGAUAAAGUGGAAGUAAAUGGCACUAAUUUUGAGGAGCUUUGGAAAACUGAAAAAGUUGAAGCGAAUGAUUUAAGGAUCUUUGAAGGAAACGAAGGAGUCAUAGAAAAACUAAUUUCAUGUGAGACACUGCCCGUCAAAUGUACUAAGCUCAUCUAUAGAGAUGAAACAAAUCCAUCGCUCAGUGAUUUAAAUAAAUUUCUAACGAAACAUUUGAAUAUCACGCAGAUAAAAAUAGCAUCGAGAUUCGUACAAUUUCCGUUCACUCAGAUAACUCAUUUGACCAUUUCUAAAGACGGAGAUGAACCACUUAGAUCAUUUAAGGUCUUUCAGCCGCUCGUGAAUCUCGAAAGAUUGAGCAUCAAAUUCCGUGAUCAGGUGAACUGCUUGUAUGGACACGAACCUAUCGAACUGCCAAAACUGAAAAAACUCUCCUUGAUACAGACAAAUCUCCAUUGCUCUAAUUGCAUGAAAGCCAUUGCAUCUAGCUUUCCUUCAAUGGAAAUUUUUCAUGCUUACAUUAAUAUCGAAGAUUGUGUAUCCCUGUUAGGAGAAAUGUUUAAAAAUUGGCGAAAUCUCAAGGAAAUGCGUGUUGUUUGUCAGUAUAAGAUCCAGAAUUUCGGAGAAGCUUUUCGCAACUUUAGCGACGAUGAACAACAAUUAAAUUUUCGACUUUUGGAGCUUUCGUCCACCGGACAAACAAAGCUUACCGGAGCUGAUAUGCUAAAAAUGAGUAAAAUAUUUCCGUACCUCCAUACAAUGGCCAUCGAUAUGGACGAAAGCGUAACAAACUUAGACGAUGUCGUGAAGGGUAUAUUUCCAGCAUUUAAGGACAUGACAAGCUUACAAAUCAGAGGAAGACGAAACUGGGUUCCCAUCAAAGAAGAAACGGCCAAAGCAGUUGUAGCACAUAUUGAAAUGCAUGGACACUCGUUGAGGGCAAUUGACUUACCGUUGAUGAGAAUAGACUUAGCAAACGUUGUUCCGCAACUGUAUAGAAAAUUGCCUAAUUUAUGUGUUUAUGAGAAUGGACGCGAACGAUGGUGUGUCAACACUGAACUUUAGAAAAAAGUUUCCAACUCAUCCAUUAAUUACGUUUGUGUCAAAAUUUUAGUUGUGAAUAAAAAUUUGUUUUUAAUGAA